AUGAAGAGUAGAAACAUUAAUGUUGAUGAUUACAUCCCAGAUAUCUAUAAGAAGGCAAGGUAUAUAUCCGUGUAUGAACCUAUCAUAUAUCCUGUUAAUGGGACAAAUUUAUGGGUCAGAACAGAGUAUCCAGAUGUGCAGCCACCAAAAUUCAAAAAGAUGCCAGGAAGACCAAAGAAGAGGAGGAACCGUGAGCAGGGUGAGAUUGAUGGAACAGACAGAAAAAUAAGAAAAACAGGUAUGGUCCUUAGGUGCACCAGGUGCAGACAGAUUGGACACAAUAAGUCCACUUGUAAGAGGACACAACCACCACAAGAUACACAAGCCACUGCAACUCAGCAAACACCUUCACAAGCUACUGCAACUCAGAUAACAACAACUCAGCAACCACCUACUGCAACUCAGACAACAACAACUCAGCAACCACCUACUGCAACUCAGACAACAACAACUCAGCAAACACCUACUGCAACUCAGACAAGGGCAUCAGCAAAAACCACUCACCCAACACAUCCCCAACCUACUGCAACUCAGCCAAGGGCACCAGCAAAAACCACUCAACCAACACCUUCACAAGCUACUACAAGUCAGCAAAGGGCACGAGCAACACCUACAAAGGCUGCUGUUACAAGGCCACAGAAGUUGCCUUACAAGAAGCCAAGACAAUCAUCUAUUACAAUACAUUCUGCUUCGAAGGGACCAACCACAAGAUUGAAUGCGUCACAAAAUGCAGUUGGACCUACAACUAGGAGGACCACUCCAACAAAAAGGAACAACACAAAGAAGUCCUUUUUUUAG